AACGCCCGUUCGUUUUGGGUUCUUCGUUCACUGCUGCUCGCCGGUCAGUCUUUUAAAAGCCGGUAAAUAUUCCGGUAGCAAAUUAGUUACUACCGUAGUGGGAACAGUGAAACAACCGAAAUGCCGAAGCCAAUUCUGUACCUGAUCCACCUGAGUCCUCCGUGCCGGACGGUGGAACUCUGCGCCAAAGCUCUCGGCGUUGAGUUGGAGCUGAAAGAGGUUAAUCUCUUGGGUGGAGAACAUCUGAAGCCGGAGUUCCUCAAGUUGAACCCCCAACACACUGUUCCCGUGCUGGACGAUAAUGGUACGAUCGUUUGCGAAAGCCAUGCCAUCGUGAUCUAUCUGGCCAGCAAGUACGGCAAGGAUAGCGGCCUGUAUCCGAAAGAUCUCGUUGAACAGACCAAGGUUAACGCGGCUCUGUUCUUCGAAGGCAGCAUGCUGUUCCCUCGGAUGAGGGCCAUUUUCGAACCAAUUUUCUACAACGGUGGAACUGAAAUUCCAACCGAGAAGGUGGAGUACAUGCAGAAGUCCUACAAGCUGCUCGAGGAUACGCUGGUCAACGACUACGUCGUCGGUAACUCGAUGACCAUUGCGGACUUCAGCUGCGUAUCGACCAUUUCGACGGUGAUGGGAGUGGUUCCGUUGGAUAAGGACAAGCAUCCGAGGAUCUACGCCUGGUUGGAGCGGAUGAAGGCGUUACCUUACUACGAGGAAGCCAAUGGCAGUGGGGCUGAACAGUUGGCUCAGGCUGUGCUGGUGACGAAGGAUAAGAAUGCCCAGAAGAAGCCUUGA